AUGUCUGGCAUGCCCCGCAUGAACACUCUAACUACCAAGCCUGCUGACCAGAAGGCUACAGUGGGUGUAGAGGGCCUACACAAACGGGAUAAGCUACCAACACAAGAACUUGUUAAGGAGGACGCCGUAAGCACGGUGCCCUCGUCAACUUUCAAAGGAGAUUGGGUCCUCUUCCAUCCGGUCUACACACAAGAAGAGUUGAAGUCGGUGGACGUCCUUCAUCGCGAAGCGAAAUCGGUGUCGGACAAGAUCGCAUGGACAUUUGUCCGCCUCCUAAGAUGGGGCUUUGAUCUAGCCUCCGGGUACCGCCACAAACCUCUUCCGCCGAAUUACAAGAACAUGUCGCUCGAAGCAUUACGCAAGGGCGGUUACAUUAUGAACGAGAAGCAGUGGCUCAGGCGCAUUUUAUUCCUCGAAAGUAUAGCAGGCGUGCCUGGAAUGGUGGCUGCGACUCUUCGUCACCUGAAAAGUCUUCGUGUCAUGAAGCGAGACUCUGGGUGGAUUCACACCCUUCUGGAAGAAGCUGAGAAUGAGCGCAUGCACCUGAUGACAUUUAUGGUUCUGCGGAAGCCAGGGAUUAUAUUUCGCGCCAUGGUGAUAGGAGCACAGGGUGUCUUCUAUAACGCGUUUUUCUUUUGUUAUUUGUUGUCUCCGCGAACAUGCCAUCGUUUUGUAGGACAUCUCGAAGAGGAGGCUGUUCUCACCUACUCAAGAUGUAUCGACGAGGUUGAAGCUGGCCGUUUACCGAAUUGGUCCGAACUUCCUGCUCCCGAAAUCGCCAAGGAUUACUGGCGACUUGAAUCAAAUGCUAAACUCUUGGACGUCCUUUACGCUGUGAGAAGUGACGAGAGCACGCACCGUUUUGUGAAUCACAGUUUGGCGAAUUUGAAGAAGCAUGAUAUCAACCCGUUUGCCUUACGGGAGCCCGACAUGACUGUUAAAGGCAAGAAAGUAGCAUUUGAGCGCGAUGAAGCGGAGCAGUUCGUCAAGGAAUCACACCAGAUUCUGGACCAAAAGCGGCAAUGA